CUCCCUCCCCUCCCUUCAACGCAUGCGCAACCAACCCAGCACCCGAUCCUUCCGCUAACGGUGCAUCUCGGGGUCUGGGGUGGGACGGCGGAGCGGCGGCGAUGUGGUGGGCGGCUAUGGCGGCGUGUCUGACUUGCCUCCUAGUCCCGCUGCCCCUACCCUGCGCAGGUCAAACUAAUCUGAAAAGUCCCCAGGAUAUUCAGGUUUAUGCUGUAAACACAAACUUCACUUUAAGGUGGAACUACACGGGUAAUGAUACCGAUGUGACGUUUUCUGCAGAAUACCAGUGGCUUGAAAAUUUUUAUCCAAAUGAAAUGGAAUGGAUGGAGUUGCCUGGGUGUCAAAAUGUUACUGGCAUGGAAUGUGACUUUUCCUCAGCAGUAACUGAAUACUAUGACACACAUUAUGUGCGUGUAAGGGCUGAAAGGAAGGAAGAAGUGUCUCCGUGGUCUAGCAUUUUUGAAAUGAUUCCAUAUUAUAUAGCUCAUAUCGGCCCCCCAGGAAUAUUGCUGAAGUCCAUAAAUGGAGCCAUAAAAGUUAAGGUUACUCCUCCAGAAGCAAACCAGGUCCAGAAAAUGUGGCUAGCUGAUCUAAGUUUUAAAUAUAAUGCAGUUAUCUGGGAAAAUUCAUCAAAUGCAGAGUUCAGAAGUCAAAUUAUUUUACCUAAUGCUGUAAUUGAUGAUCUUGCACCAUACACUACCUAUUGUUUGAAAGUUCAAGCAACUCUUCCUUUGGAAUUGAAAGAAGGCUUAUUCAGUCCCGUUCAUUGCAUAACAACUACCCGUAAAGUGAAUGAACUAUUCUGUGCAACAGAUGUGAAUGUUCUUGCUUUGAAUAUGAAAUUUCACCUGCAUUGGAACAAUCAGUAUAAAAAGCAUGUGAGCUACAAUGUACAGUAUCUAAUUGGAUAUCUAAAGAAACUUCAUGAUGAUUACUCAGGGAAGUGGCUCAAUGUACCUGGAUGUGAAAACAUCACUAAUACACAAUGCAAUUUCUCAUCUAUCAUCACAACUAUUUCUGGAUUUUAUUAUCUCCGCGUGCAGGCCACGAAUGAAUAUAAUAAAUCAUGUUUGUCUAAAGAAGUAAAAGUAGAUCCUCUGAUAACAAAUGAAAUUGGCCCUCCUGGUGUAAAGGUGGACAUCAGUCAUAAUUUGCUCCAUAUCCAGAUUUUUCCUCCUGGUGGAUCUGAGAGUGAAGUCAUGAGGGACCAUUAUAGCCUGUCUUACCAACUUCUGUAUUGGAAGAAUUCAUCAAAUGAUGAGGAGGGAAUAAAAAUGAAAGCGAUAAAACAGACCAUAGGGACAGUCUCUGAUCUGACACCCUCAACUUUGUACUGUGUAAAAGUACAAGCACUCUCAGAAGCUUACAACAAAAGCAGUCCUUUCAGCGAAGAGAAAUGCAUCAAAACACCUAGAGAAAAAAUUUUACCUGUGAUUAUUUUAGCAACAUUUGUAACUGCCUUGGUCGUUGCCUUGAGUGUGGCCACGCUGUUCGUUUUUGCUGUGUAUCAAGUCUACAAAAAAAUUAAAUACGUAUUCUUUCCAUCAUGCCCACCUCCUUUGAACAUAGAGGGUUUUGGGAGACAGCUCUUUAGUGAUCCUUAUCUGUCAACUGAAGAAGAGGCAACUGAAAAUUAUUCUGUAAUUGACUUUGUCAUCAUAGAAGAAGUAAAUCAAAUCGAUUUUAAAGACCACAAACCUUCUAAACAGAGCAGUCGAGAUUCAGGAAAUUAUUCUAAUGAUGACAAUACUUCAGGGGGCAAAGGGUCAGAAGAAUCACUAGAAAAAUAAACAGUGCAACUUCUAAGAAAAUUCAUAAGUGGGACUGGCAGCGUUAUAAACGCUUAACCUUUUUUAUUAUGGAAGUCACAGCCUGAGGAAGACAGUGUGACUUGGGAAUCUUUGUCUUCAGGUUUUGAAAUCUGCACUUUCUUAGCGAGAAGCUAUAUUGCCUUCUCUGCUACAAGCUGGCUGAAGUUAAAACACAAUGGACUCCUUGUACCUUAUACCAUUUUGACUGACGUUUCAUUAUAUGAUGAAAAUAAUACCAGCUGCAUAAAGAAGAGCAGUUUUGUAUGCUUUAUGUGCUUGAACCUGAUACCCUCCGUGAAAGCCUAUUUUGCUGCACAGGCAGAGUUUCUCAGUAUCUUAAGGGGGGGGUCUUUUUAAUGCCAGUGUGUACUGUCACAGAAGCUGUAAAUUCUGAUGUUAAAACUUAAGAUGUUUUCAAAGGCAGAGGGAAACCGAUGCUGGAUACAAUUUUAAGAAGUUUUCUGACAUUCCCUUCCUCACCCUUUUCAGGGCAGUGUUUUUUGGCUCAGCAGGUCUAGAGUAAAAGAUGCAGAAAUCAAUGGCAGCUGCAGUGGGGUAGCUCCUCCGAGCUUCCUUGUAGAAUUCCUUGUAGCCAUGGCUACAGGAUGCUCUCCGUGCCCACUUGCUUAUUCAGGUAUGUUUCCCUGCAUCAGGGUGCUCAUCUGGGCAAAUAUGGAGAAGGGACAUGGCAGGAAGGAGGUUCAGUUCACUUUACAGGAAGAUUUCAGUGUGGAAUCUCUAUGUAAAUAGAGCUUGGGUCCAAUUGUUUUUCACUGUGCAAACACAAAUGUCCAAGCAAGAAGGACACUGCAAGAAGAAACUAACAAACACUGUUACUUUAAAUGACAAGGCAAGUUAAGAGGCAUAUUUUUUGAUUAAUUUUUUUUCCCUGUGGCUGCAUGACCAGAAAUGUAAACUGUUUACUUCUAAUUGAAUUGUCUUUAGAAAUGUGAGCCUCUUUUAGCAAGGAGGAAACGUCUGUUAUUAGAAGGACACACAUUGGAUUUAGAAAAUGCCUUUUAACAGAAUGGUGAGGAUGCUCGUCAUGCAAGUUUUUCAACGUAUUCUCACUUUGCCAACAGACUUUUCUUUGUACAAAUUGUAAGGAUAUGCUGCAAUAAUGUUUCAGUUUGCAUAACACUUUCUUGUGAAGUAAUUUUUUAAAGCAGUUUAUUUUUUACAAAGAAAUUGAUUUAGAGUAAACCACCUUUGAGCUUCAGGUAGGCUGUUGUUGAUUGUAACAAGCAAGUAUUACUGUUUAUAUUGAAUUAUUUUUUUUUAUUUUGAAGAUGUGAUCUAAUUUUAUAAAUUUUAUAUCCUUGUCUUCAUUGAAGAACAUAAUACAUUUUGCACAUUUUCUUGUCACUUUCUUGGUUUUGUAUGUUUUUGAUGUAGGGACAUUGAAGCUACAGCAUAGAUACAUAAAAAGUCCCAUGAGUCUUCAGUUACUGAUCUUCUGAAAAGAACCAAUGUGAAGAAUAUAAUCUAUACAUUUAAUUAGA